AUGGUGCUUGAAUUGGCUUUGAAGGACCAACUCGAGGAUUUGAAUCUCGAGCAGCUUCUAGAGGUUCAAAGAAUAGUCACUGAUUUGGUGACGCGUAAGGUUCAUCGAUUCAGUGAAGUUGCUCAAGUAAAUGUAAAGAAUACUAGAGUGGCAGAUACUGAUUCUUCACCUUUGAAGGAUUCCACAAAUAUGCUAAUCAAGACUGAGAAUGACUCUGAUGACAAUGAUUUUACUCUGACUCAAUUUAACCAGAUCAACAAAGAAAAUUUAUUUCAGUCAGCUAGUAGCAUGCAGAAAAGAAUGGAGAUUAGUAAAUUAGAUAAUAAGAAUACCAAAGAGAUGAGUUACUUAAGCCAGGAAGUUAAACUCGAAGAUCAAAGUUCACCCUUGAAGGAAUCUCAAAUAAUAAACGACUCACAGGAAUCUCACUUGCGAAUCAGACUCAUAGACCAUAACACUCCAUUGAACAAUAAGAAAAUUAAACAGGAAGCUGUGAGCGAAGAUAAGACUCCACAAACUGCUGCAGUUGAGAAUUAUUUGGAUCUGAGUAGAAAUCCGAUAAAUAAUAAACCCUGGAUUUUAGAAGAUUUCAAACCCAACGAAUAUGCAAUUUCCAGAGGAAAGGCAAGGCACAGUAAAGAACAGUUUAUGGAACAAUUUGUCAAGGGACUAGGGAACUUAAUUGAAGAAAAGAAAAUAGAAGGUCUACCGAAUUCUAAAGAGUAUGAAGUAGAGUUAGCAUUAAAGAAGAACGCACGUCAGAACGAGCAUGAAUUUGACAAUUUACGCGAUAGAUCUCAUUCACCACCAGGGUUUGGCAGAAUGGACUUCCCAACUACCCAAGAGAGAACAGAUGACAAGAAGAAGUCUCAGGAAUUGAUCUUUCAGAAAACAAAAUACAGAUUCUUGAUGGCAACCAGGAAAGAUGUCCCAUUUAAAGAUAGAGAAUAUCACUUCAAAAAUGUAAAAUUUAAUAGAGUUAUUGACUCUGGAGAAUUUACAUGGACCCCAAGUACUUUGAUGAUAUUUUCAAGAGAUAGUUGA